CUACGUUCGUCUUAAAUUUCAUAGCAGUAGGAGGAAAUUUUAAAAACUGCUCCCCCUCUUUAAUUCACUCUGGCAUUUUCUUCGUUCGCUGUGGCCUCUGUGACCGAGCUUAGAAAAUCAGCUUUUAAAUGGAAACAUUAAAAGAGAAAAUUGGGGGCUUAGGACUUCGAAGUGAUUCGUGCACUAUUCUCCAAGAGUCUUCAUUUCGUGUCAGUUAUUUGGGAUUCUGUCUAAAUUCACGAGAAGGAGUUGCAGGAAUCCAAGCUGCUGUGGAAGAAAUUAAGAGAACUGGAGGCCAAAAAGAUAACAGAACUACAACUCAAACGAACUUCAUCAAAAUGAGUGGAAAAGGAGUUAGUUUCGUGUGGCGAAAACGAGAGCAAGAUAUUCUAUUGACAUUUAUUCCUCUAAGGAAUAAUUCCUAUGGCUUUAUCAAUGAAAAAGACAACAACAUCUUUGCUUUCAACCAUCAUGUUUCGAAGAACCAUGUCGAAUGCCAUGCAGUUGUGUGUGAAAAUGCGCUGAAGGCACGAGAAAUCAACGAGGCGCUUUAUGCGUCAUUUAGAACGGACCACUUCGAAUCUCUUCGCAAGGGAAGAGAAAAAAUGAGAGAAUGUUUACAAGCAGAUGCGAUGCAUGGACUCAAGGACGGUAAAUCGAACAUGAACUAACAGUGACUACAAAGCUAGUCUUUUACAAAAUUUAUUCAGUUGAUACUUUAUCUAUUUUUAAACUACUUUGAUGUUUAAAUAUUAAACAUGUUAAACACCUUCGGUAAUCGUUAUAAAAUUAAGCGACGGAAAACAAAUUUUUUAAAACUUUUUUAAACAGAAGUAAAACAUAAAGUCUUUCGUGUAUAAGUUGAAGGUUUAGUCGUUUAAUUUACAUUCUGGCGGAAGACAAUUUCUGAGUGAUAAUUUGGCGCCAGCUUAUGUCAAUGUUAUUUGAAGUAAAACAUGCUUUCAGGCAACUCAUUAUUGUAGAAAUGUCUAAUUCAAUCACGACGGACGAAAUAAUAUGUGCAAAUGACUUGCAAACAGUGUAAUUAAAUUUAGCUUAAAUGUUUUCGGUAGAAUGCGUCAAUUUCUCAUCAUUAAGUAAAACAAACAUCCUAGUUAUUUCCGGCCCUUUCAGUUAAAAUCGAAUGCAUUCAAAUUGUUGAAAACAUUUCCCUCUUUUAACUUUCGUAAUUUCUUACUCUUUAUUUAUAAAACUGCCUUUAAUAACAGAGGUUAAGUUAAGAAAUACAGCAGCUGAACCCGUCAUGGAUGACAAAAUUACGGUUUUAGCUGGUAGUGUGUCGGUUUGUUUUGUAUUGUGAAAACCCACAGCACACUUCAUUGCUGCCAACUUCCUGCUACAUUUAUGCACGUUUGAGCGAUAUUGAUCCACGCAUAGAGCUAUUUUUAGAAGAACCUUGAAUGGAUCAGUUGCGCCCCGCGCCGCAAAUAACCAUAGAAAUACAGCAAUUUCAUUGGAUGACAUGUAAUCCACGUGCGUCAGGCUUAGCUAAAAUAAACUUGAUUUCCGCCA